AUGAUACUACUUGUCGUUUUAGUCUAUGGAACUCAACAAACUUUGAUUUAUUAAUUUGAUGCAAGUUCUAACAUAAGAGAUGGUAAUUUUGGAUCAUUUACAUUUAUUUUUUAGGAUGGGAAGAUAGUAAUUGUUAAUUCAAUACUUGCGGGGGGAUUCAUUAUUUUGGAGCACCUACUAAUAAAUUUGAGCUUAGCAGAAUAUUUUUAAAUCUAGAAUCUCAUUCUCAUGUUAAAGUGGAUGCAGAAUUUCUUGGGUAAUUAUUUUCUUAAUAACAAAAGUAUUGAUACCAAUAUUUCACCUAAUUUUCUGAUAGAUUAACAAUCAUAAACAUAUAAUGUAUUAGUGAAUUCAUCUUAAAUUUGUGGUGAAAUACAACCAGAAUAUAUACAUACUAUUUAAAUAACUUGGCAACAUAACAGGAGAACUGUUUGGAUAUAUAUUGAUUUCGAAAAAGGAGGAUUAAUAUCAUUAAGUUUAAGUAUUAUUAAAUGUUAAUAUGAAUGUGCUGGAUGCAUAGAUAAUUAUCACAUAUUUUGCACAUAAUGGAAACUGCAUUAAUAUUAAUUUAAUUAAAAAUUUAUUACAAAUUUUGAGGGAUGGACUUUUGAAUCAUAAUAUAGAAUUACUAGUUCUUUUAAUUGUGGAAACUGUGAAUAUUUGAGUUUUUUAGAAAUUAAAUAUUUUACUCAAUUACCUCCUCAUUAAGAUGUAUUAAUAAGGAUGUUUAAAUAAAAUUUUGGUCCUAUAAUAGUAAACUAUUUAUAUGGUAUAUCACAAUAUAGUUCUAGAUAAAUAGAAAUAUUAAUAAAAAAUCAUCAUGAUCUUAUAUUACUAAUCUAUAUUAAAAGUACAACAAGUGGUUUUCGUAAUUUAAGAGAUUUUGAAGUAUUCUACACUUAACCAGAAAAUAUAUAUAAAGAUUUGAAUGAAGGUUGUUUAGAGUAAAUUAAUGAUAGCUGUCUGAUUUGCCAAGAAGGUUGGAUUUAAGAUGAAUUUCUAGAAAAUUGUCAUCCUAUUUGUGGUGAUGGAAUCAUUCAAGGUUAAGAGGAAUGCGAUGAUGGCAAUCUAAUUUCGAGUGACUCUUGUUAUUUAUGCUAGUAUUCAUGCAUAGAUUAUUGUUAAAUUUGUUAAUUUGGAAUUUGCUUACAAUGUUAAGAUGGAUUUAUAAUUAAUUCCAAUUUUAAUUGUGAUCCUUUCUGUGGGGAUGGUAAUUUAACUCCUUAUUCAACUGAAUAAUGUGAAAUGACAGUUAAUGGGGUACUAGAUGGUUGUUAGGAUUGCAGAUUUAUAUCCAUUGCAAAUUGUAAAAUUAACUACUUUUCAAUUUGCUUAAAAUGUGAAACAGGAUAUUAUAUGUUAGAAAACAUAUGCUUCCCAAAUUGUGGAGAUAGAUUAAUCUUAGAAUUAUAUGAGGAUUGUGAUGAUGGUAAUUUGCAACCUUAUGAUGGCUGUUUUGAAUGUAAAUUUCAAUGCAUUGAAGAUUGCAAUAUAUGUGAUCGAGGUAAAUGCAUAUUAAAAUGUGAAGAGGGAUAUGAGUUUGUUAAUAACACUUGUCUCUCUGUUUGUGGUGAUCUUUUGGUUGCAAAAGAAGAGGAUUGUGAUGAUGGUAAUACGCAACCUUAUGAUGGUUGUUUUGAUUGCAAAUACUCUUGCCCAGAAAAUUGUAAUGAUUGUUAUCAAGGUAUUUGUUUAGAGUGCAAUUAUCAAUAAUAAUUAAUUAUUUCUAAUUAAUGUAAAUAAUAAUUACAUUGUGGAGAUGGAUUGCUUUAGGAAUAAGAAGAAUGUGAUGAUGAAAAUUAUUAACCAGUGGAUGGAUGCAAUGAUUGUUUAAUUGAAAAAAAUUGGAUAUGCAUUACAAUUACAAAGGAUUCCUUUAGCUAAUGCGCAUUUCUAAAAGCUCCAAACUUAAUCAUUAAUUAUCUUAAUAUGACAUAAAAUAAAUAGUAUAUAAGCAUCGAAUUUGAUUAAUAAGUAAAAAUAUAAACAGCUUAACCAUUAUCAGAAACAAUAAAUUUCCAAUUAUCAAAUAUAGACAAAAAUUACUGGAAUAGCGUCUUAUAUAUAAUAUAGGAUGUUGGAUCAGAUAUUAAUUUUGUAGAAUUUAUUGUCUAAAUAGAAGUAUUCUAAUUACUAGAAUUUAGGCCAAUCUUAACAAUUUAAAUAAAUCAAACGAUUACUAAUAUUGA